AUGAGUGUUUCCACUGCCAAGAGGUCACUGGAUGUCGUUUCUUCGGGUUCUUUAGCGGAGUUUGAGGAUUCAGAAUCUCGUCACGAUGAGACAGAAAAUGAGCAUAGACAUAAUGGUACAGGCGAUAACGAUGAUAACGAGCAACCAAAGAGGAAGGGUACCAAAACUGGUAAAAAGCAAGAUUUGGAUCCUGAAACUAAGCAGAAGAGGACUGCCCAAAAUCGAGCUGCCCAGAGAGCCUUUAGGGAACGUAAGGAGAGGAAGAUGAAGGAAUUGGAGAAGAAAGUACAGAGUUUGGAGAGUAUUCAGCAACAAAAUGAAGUGGAGGCUACUUUUUUGAGGGACCAGUUGGUCACGUUGGUGAACGAGUUAAAAAAAUAUAGGCCAGAAACAAGAAAUGACUCAAAAGUGCUGGAAUAUUUAGCAAGGCGAGAUCCUAAUUUACAUUCCUCAAAAAGUAACGCUAAUCACAACAAUAAACCAAUUGUCACACCUAAUGAUGAUAUACAAGAAAACGUAAAACAGAAGAUGAAUUUCACGUUUCAGUAUCCGCUUGAUAAGGACGAUGACGACAGUAAAAAUGUGGAAAAACAAUUACCUUCGCCAAAUGAUCCAAGCCAUUCGGCCCCUGUGCCUAUAAAGCAGACACAAAAGAAAUUAAGUGACGCUACAGAUUCCUCCAGUGCUACUUUGGAUUCCUUUUCAAAUGGUAACGAUGUUCUUAAUAACACACCAAACUCCUCCACCUCGAUGGAUUGGUUAGAUAAUGUGAUAUAUACAAACAGGUUUGUAUCUGGUGAUGAUGGCUGCAAACGUAAAACUAAGAAUGUGGACAGUAAUAUGUUCUCUAACGAUUUCAAUUUUGAAAAUCAGUUUGAUGAGCAAGUUUCUGAAUUUUGUUCGAAAAUGAACCAAGUCUGUGGAACGAGGCAAUGUCCCAUUCCUAAGAAACCUGUCUCUGCUCUUGAUAAAGAAGUAUUCGCGUCAUCUUCUAUAUUGAGUUCAAAUUCUCCUGCUUUAACAAAUACUUGGGAAUCACAUUCCAGUAUUACAGUUAAUACUCCUGCUAAUGUCACCGCUAAUGAUACCGCACACGGAAAUUCUCUCUCCGGUUUCGGCCAACUCGGUUUCGAUGUGACUGCGAAUCAUUAUGUUGUGAAUGAUAAUAGCACAGGUAGUGCUGACAACAAGAACAAGAAUAACGCGAAUAAUAAUAAUAAUAAUAAUAAUAAUAACAAUAACAAUAACAAUAACAAUAACAAUAAUAAUAACGACAAUUUACUUCCAUUCAUAUCCGAGCCACCAUUCGACAUGAAUCAAGUCACUAAUUUUUUCAGCCCGGGGUCAACCGACAUUGGUGCCUCUAACACUAAUCCAAACCUACUGCAAAACAGUAGAGAGGAUAUACCUUUUAUCAAUGCAAGUCUGGCUUUCCCAGACGACAGUUCAACUAAUAUUCAACUACAACCUUUCUCUGAAUCUCAAUCUCAAAAUAAGUUUGACUAUGACAUGUUUUUUAGGGAUUCAUCGAAGGAAGGUAACAACCUAUUUGAAGAAUUUUUAGAGGAUGAUGAUGAUGAUGAUGAUGAUGAUGAUGACGGUGGUAAAAAAGCAGCGAAUAUAUCUGACGAUGAGUCGAGUUUGAUUAAAAACCAGUUAAUUAACGAAGAACCCCAACUUCCGAAACAAUGCCUACCAUCAACGCUGGAAAAGAAAAGUGAAACUUCACAAAAAAAAAUGGACAGCGGUGUGCAGGAUGCUAACAAGAUUAAUAAUGGCAGUGAUAACGAUAACGAUAAUGAUGUUGUUCCUUCUAAGGAAGGCUCUCUACUAAGGUGUUCGGAGAUUUGGGACAGAAUAACAACACAUCCAAAAUACUCAGAUAUUGAUGUUGACGGAUUAUGUUCUGAGCUAAUGGCAAAGGCAAAAUGUUCAGAAAGAGGGGUUGUCAUCAACGCAGAAGACGUUCAAUUAGCUUUGAAUAAGCAUAUGAACUAA